GAAGGGCUCCCGCCUGCAGCUGGGGAAUCCGCUCGGCGGGGAGAAUCCGUGCCAGGGAAUCCAGCUCUCCGGACUCAAGCUGCAAACAAAAAGCUCAGGUCUGGCUCGCCCCCUCCGCCCCCCCGACGCACAGCCGGAGGAACAGUUUUGUGCAGAAAUGCAACAAGUAGCACCCGGAGCUCCCGGAGCGCCCCGAGCCGCCUGACUUGGCCGGGCGAAGCCCGCCUGCGGAGACCCGGGCCAGCCACCGGACAAAGGGCGGAGGAGGGGCUGGACCGCGCUGCGGAGUCCGAAAGAGGCCAUUCGGCGGCUCUGGCCAGGCCAAGGGGAAUGCAGAGGAGACACGGAGCAGGCGGGCCAAGAGGACGCUUCGGCCGAAGCACGCAGGGCGGGCGGCGAUGGGGGCUGCCCGCGCGGUGCGCUUCCUACUCGUGGUGUGCGGCUGCCUCGCGCUCCCGCCGCGGGCCCAGCCGGUGUGCCCCGAGCGCUGCGACUGCCAGCACCCCCAGCACCUCCUGUGCACCAACAGGGGGCUCCGCGCCGUGCCCAAGACCAGCUCGCUGCCGAGCCCCCAGGACGUGCUCACCUACAGCCUCGGCGGCAACUUCAUAACCAACAUCACGGCCUUCGACUUCCACCGUCUGGGGCAGCUCAGACGGCUGGACCUGCAGUACAACCAGAUCCGUUCCCUGCACCCCAAGACCUUUGAGAAGCUCUCCCGGCUGGAGGAGCUGUACCUGGGCAACAACCUCCUGCAGGCGCUCGUCCCGGGCACGCUGGCCCCGCUGCGCAAGCUGCGCAUCCUCUACGCCAACGGGAACGAGAUCGGCCGCCUAAGCCGCGGCUCCUUCGAGGGCCUGGAGAGUCUGGUCAAGCUGCGGCUGGACGGGAACGCCCUGGGGGCGCUGCCGGACGCGGCCUUUGCCCCCCUGGGCAACUUGCUCUACCUACACCUGGAGUCCAACCGGAUCCGCUUUCUGGGCAAGAACGCCUUCGCCCAGCUGGGCAAACUGCGCUUCCUCAACCUCUCCGCCAACGAGCUGCAGCCCUCCUUACGCCACGCAGCCACCUUCGCACCGCUGCGCUCCCUCUCCACGCUCAUCCUCUCGGCCAACAGCCUGCAGCACCUGGGGCCGCGCGUCUUCCAGCACCUGCCGCGGCUGGGCCUACUGUCACUCAGGGGCAACCAGCUCACACACCUGGCGCCGGAGGCCUUUUGGGGCUUGGAGGCCCUGCGCGAGCUGCGCCUGGAGGGGAAUCGGCUGAGCCAGCUGCCCGUGGCGCUGCUGGAGCCCCUGCACAGCCUGGAGGCGCUGGACCUUAGCGGGAACGCGCUGUCCGCCCUGCACCCCGCUAUCUUUGGCCACCUGGGCCGGCUGCGCGAGCUCAGCCUGCGCGACAACGCGCUCAGCGCCCUCUCGGGGGACAUCUUCGCCGCCAGCCCGGCCCUCUACCGGCUGGAUCUAGACGGCAAUGGCUGGACCUGCGACUGCCGUCUGCGCGGCCUGAAGCGCUGGAUGGGCGACUGGCAUUCUCAAGGCCGCCUCCUCACCGUCUUCGUGCAGUGUCGCCACCCCCCGGCCCUGCGGGGCAAGUACCUGGAUUACCUGGAUGACCAGCAGCUGCAGAACGGGUCUUGCGCAGAUCCCUCUCCCUCAGUUUCCCCGACCGCCGAAGGCCGGGGGAGGCCCUUGCCCACCACCACCGGGGAGGCGGCGGCGCCCCCUGCAGGCGGCCUCUCGGAGGUGCUGCCGCGGCAGCCGCAGCCGCAGCCGCAGCCGCAGCAGCGCGGGCGGUUUCUGCCCGGGGGGGCCUGGGACGGGGCCGCCGGGGAGCUCCUGGGCAACCGCAGCGCUCUGAGGCUGAGCCGCCGGGGCCCGGGCCUCCAGCCGCCGGACCCCUCCGCCGCCGCCGCCGCCGCCGCCGCCGCCGCGGGCCCCGCGCCCCAGCCCCUGGACCUGCUCCAGAAGCCCGAGCGGGGCCCGCCGACUCCCGCCGAGGCCGCCCGCGCGGAGCCCAGCCCGACGGCCGCGCCCGCCUCUGGGCCACCGCCCGCGGGCGACCCCUGGCAGCGCGCGGCGAAGCAGCGCCUGGCCGCGCAGCCCCGGGAGAGCGCCGCCCCGUCCGACGGCGCGGCCGGGCCGCCGCCGCCGCCGCCGCUGGUGUCCGACCCGUGCGACUUCAACAAGUUCAUCCUGUGCAACCUGACGGUGGAGGCGGUGGGCGCCGACAGCGCGUCGGUGCGCUGGGCCGUGCGCCAGCACCGCAGCCCCCCGCCGCUGGGCGGCGCGCGCUUCCGCCUGCUGUUCGACCGCUUUGGGCAGCAGCCCAAGUUCCACCGCUUCGUCUACCUGCCCGAGCGCAGCGACUCGGCCACGCUGCGCGAGCUGCGCGGGGACACCCCCUACCUGGUGUGCGUGGAGGGCGUCCUCGGCGGCCGCGUCUGCCCGGUGGCGCCCCGCGACCACUGCGCCGGGCUGGUCACCCUGCCGGAGCCCGGGGCCCGGGGCAGCGUGGACUACCAGCUGCUGACCUUGGUCUUGCUGGCGGUCAACGCGCUGCUGGUGCUCCUGGCGCUGGCGGCCUGGGCGUCGCGCUGGCUGCGCAGGAAGCUGCGGGCGAGGCGCAAGGCGGGCGCGCCGGUGCACGUCAGGCACAUGUACUCCACCCGACGGCCGCUGCGCUCCAUGGGCACCGGCGUGUCUGCGGACUUCUCCGGGUUCCAGUCGCACCGGCCGCGCGCCACCGUGUGUGCGCUCAGCGAGGCCGACCUCAUCGAGUUCCCCUGCGACCGCUUCAUGGACAGCGGCGGCGGCGGCACGGGGGGCAGCUUGAGGCGGGAGGACCAUCUUCUGCAGCGAUUUGCGGACUAGCUCCAGAGACUGCAGGGGGUGGGGGGCGGGGGGGAAGGGGGGUGCAGUGUGCAGACCCUCUCAUUGCCCGGGGAGCCCCUCAGCCGACCUCAGGGGAAGAUCUCAUUUUAUCAGAGCUUCUCCUCUUGUGCACUUGCCGGAGAGGCCCAAGGGGAAGCCGGUUUGGCACCCCCUCCCCCAAUUUCCAGUACUCACUCGUGAAGUGCAUGGGUGGUACUUGGCGGUCAAGGCCAAGAGUAGGGGACAAACGGAUGGUACAGGCCAGAGGCGGGAAGCCUUCCUCUGCAUGGAGACCUUGGAUAUGGCUUUUGUGGCUUUGCAGUGCAAGAACCUGGCCCCGUAUGGCCAGGUAGAAAAGGGUGCUUUUGCCCUCCCCGGUAUGGCCAGAAAGAGAUUUGGGUGCAUGCAUUUUUUUUUUUUUGUUGUUCUGUUUGUUUGUUUGUUCAGUGUGAAAUAGAAGAGUUUUGUCCUAUUUAAGGGAAAAGGAACUUAUUAGUGUUACAAAGGAGGCACUGGUCUGGUGGUCUCUGCCAAGAAGGUGGAGGCUGUAAACAGGUGGUAAAGUUUAACACGCUCGCCAAGGAACUCUUUCAUGUUGGUUAAUAGAACAUUCAGGAUAAUUUAAUGUUUAAAUAAUUAGAGACGCUGUUUUGGUUUGGUUUGGUUUGGUUUUCAACAAUGUGAAGAGCUCUGACGUUUAACAAACUGACCAUAAACUCAAGGACUAUUUUAGUUGAGCUGAGCAGUUCAACUAGUAUUUUUUUUUUUUUUUUAACAUUAACACCACAAGAACAUUUGCCGACCUUGGGGUUAACUGAGAUUACCUACUUUCUCAGGAGAAGGCUGCGUGCCAGACUUCUCUGUCAGGGUUGCUCCUGUGGCUUUUUAAUUUUAUUUUUCUAAGCCCAUAUGUGGAAAAGGAAAUUUCAGUGCCAGACUUGAUAAAAGAAUGUACGGUGUGCACAACAGAUGACCGUGUAGGGAACAGCGGCCUCCCGGUUGGCCUAACCGCAUCUCUGACACUGUGUCCAGGUUGGAAUAAAUGCGAUGCGGUACUUCUCAUGUUUUUAUCAGUGAUAUGCGGUUGAUUGUGCCCUGCUUCUCUUGAGUUGCACAGUUAAGUGAUAAAGGCAGGGAAGCAAAAGGUGAUAGUCAAUUGACAGUGUAACGUUCAAUCACAUUAAUGUGUUGUUACUCUAUAUGAAACAGGGGAGGAAAUUAUGGGGAAAAAAUGUGAAAAGUGUACAUCCGCGGUUGUUUGUUUCUACUAAAACCAGAAGAUUGUUAGGCAUACUUAAACCUCACUGUGAAAUAAUUAUAUAUUUUGCAAGUUAAUCCCCCCACUAUGCAGUGUUUUACCAUGUUACUAAAUCUUAUCUUUUAGUUAAUAAUUGCAGUAUUUCCUUUAAAUGUUUUUGUUUUAGAUUUAGGAUUAGGCUCCUUUAUUUGCUCAGUGGUUUUCAACUAUUUGGGACUCUUUGGUCCCCUGAUAUUUAUGAAGUACAUGUUUAUCACUAAGUGUAGUGCUUUGGUUUACAUUAAUAAUCUUGUGUGUGGUCUAAGAGAAGCAGUCACAGGGAAGAUCUGCACGGUUAUAUUUCACCGUGGUUAUGGAUUUAUUGGCAGUGGGGUGCCAUGGAGGCUACUGCUAUGGUGCAAAGGCUAACAGUGAAUCUUCUGUUUCAGGCCUUAAGCCCCUGAGGGUCCUGAUGACUCAGGGAAUCUAUCGUAGUCUGGGGGUCCUUCAACCCCAGUGCACUCCUUUUAUGUUUGGCCUCCGUUGAGCCGAGCCUGCCUUUGCCCCAGCAGCUGAGCAGGGACCCAGGGCUCUAAACGAACGGAUCUGUGUUUAUGUUCAGAUGAAUAAAUGUCCAGACCACUUACAGUACAGCUGCUUCUCUGGCAGUCUUAUCUGUAGGGCCAAAACUUAAUAAACCGCAGGAAAUAGGCUGUCAUUCUAAGUUUGCUGCCAGGGCUUGUGUCAGAUCCCGAGCAUCUUAGUACAUGGGACAGGGGUCGCAGCUCAUUCUUAUUUGCAACCUUAGGUUAUUUACUUACCCCUCUUGUGCUCCUGGUUUUGUUCAUGUGUAGAGCAAUGGCAUCUUUUAGCUGUUCCUUUUGCACAGCGGUGUAAUAUUGAGCCCCAUCGAAAGUCUGGGAAAAAAAAAAACCUCUGAUUCUCCCCACCACCCACCCUUUUCAACCGCAGAACAUCACUGAAAAUACUUCACGGAAAGAAAAAAAAAAAAAUACCCAGCAAAAUCUAUGUAAAAACAUUUUGACUGGAAAGUCCUUUGGUGGGAAAUGAAUAAAUGUUAUACAUUGUUAUGUUCAGUUAUGUCAAUAAACCCACUUACUACUAGA